AAUUCCUGGCAGCCAGGGGCGUUUUACAUUAUAGGCGACUCGCUUGCAUAACUAACCUGUUUCACAAUGACUGAUGAUGAGUAUUUAAACAAAAAGAGAAUCAGUUAUUUUACAAAACCGGCAAGAUGGAGAGACUCUUUCUUGUGCAUGUCCUGUUUACAAUGUGCUGGGCUGUGCCUCAAGACCUCUCAGGUAAAAUGUUCACAUUUCCAAAGGAGUCCAACUCUGAUCAUGUGAGGCUAAUGCCAACGGUAGAAAACUAUUCUUCUGUGACAGUAUGUCUCAGGUAUUUCACAGAUGUCAAGAGGGCGUUUUCCAUCUUUUCCAUGGCAACUCCGACAAGCCCCAAUGACUUUCUGUUGUUCAAAAAGUCCAAUGGUGACAUGGAUCUAAAUGUUAGAAAUGUGGCAAGUACAUUCACAGGGCUACCAGGCGAGCAGAACAUGUGGAUGUCUCUGUGUGGGAGCUGGGACUCAGUCACCGGACUUAGUCAGGUUUGGUUAAAUGGGAAGCCAAGUGCAAGGAAGAUGGGAUACUCUGCUGGGAAUGUGCUGAAUGGAAAACCCAUCAUAAUCCUAGGUCAGGAGCAGGAUGCUUAUGGUGGAAAUUUUGAUAAAGGACAAGCAUUUAUUGGUCACCUCAGUGAUGUGCACAUGUGGAAUUAUGUUCUGUCACCUUGUGAGAUCCAGCGCUUCACAAGCGACUUAAAUUUUACCCCUGGGAAUGUCCUUAACUGGAGGUCCCUCGAGUACACGAUUGAUGGGCUUGUGGUUCUAGAAAACAAGCAAACACCCUGCCAACAAUGAGCAGUGCCAACCAAUCAUUCAGCGUUGUUGAGAAAUGUUGAUUAUAAUCAAACAUCUGAAUAUGCAAGUGUGUCUAUUCACAACUAUUCUGCAAAUCAUAAUAAAACGUGUUUUUCUAAUCAAAUCAAGAAAAACAUUAUAUUAUUUUCUAAAGCAAUAUCCUCCAAUGAAUCUAAUAAAAUUACACUCUUUAUAGUAAA